CGUUUUCCUCCGUUCUUCUCACUCUCCGAGCGGCAAAGCCUCCGGCCGGUUGCUUCCCACCCCGCGCAUGGCGUCCCCUGCAUCAGCCUCGGCGCGGCCCCUAUCACUACCCCUAACCGUCCCUUUCCCUCGUUAUUCCUCGCGCGUCCUCCCCUUGCCCUCCUCCCGCCUCCUCCCGAGCCGCCGCGUCGCGCUAGCGCCGGCGCGGCCUGGCGCCGCGCUCCUCUCCAGCCUCAGCGACGCGCGGGAGCAGGAUGAUGAUGAUGAGGAGGAAUUCUACGAGGAGGGGGAUGAGCAGCAGGAGUACGACGACGACGAGGAGGAACAGGAAUACGACGAGGACGAGGAGCUGGUGGAGGUGGGCUACGUGUCCGGCGCGCACGGGGUGCGCGGCGACGUCCUUGUCACGCCACGCACCGACUUCCCCGAGCUCCGCUUCGCCACGCCGGGGACGAGAUGGCUGAGGGCUCGGGCUGCUGGGAAGCAACAGGUCAGGGAAUUCGAGCUUGUUCGAGGAAAGGCUCACACGGGGAAGAAGUGUUGGAUCGUCAGCUUUGAUGGCAUUGAUAAUUUGGAUGAGGCUAGGCAAAUAGUCGGUUCAGCUAUACUUGUGAAAGCUGGAGAUAGGCCUGAAAUUGAGGCUGAUGAGUUUUAUUCACUUGAUCUUGUUGGAAUGAGAGUUAUUGUCAAGGAUACAGGCAAGCUUGUAGGAACAGUUGGUCAGGUUUUCAAUUUUGGAGGUGGAGAUCUUCUACAGGUGAUGAUUGGCUCUGCUGAGGGUAUUGUUGUUGAUCCAGAUUCAGAAAAUCAAGAUUCAACUUCAUCACGCGAGCAUGUGUGGAUUCCAUUUGCCGAAGAUAUUGUACCUGAUGUUGAUAUGGAGAGCAGAGAAAUGUGGAUUACACCUCCAAAGGGGUUACUAGAGCUCAAUUCACGUUCUGACAAGAGAUCGAAGAAAGAAAGGCGUGCGAUGGAGUGGAAGGACAGGAAGAGGCUUCAAAGGCGUGUAAUUGCUGGAAAGAAGGUGCUCUCCGAAAUGGAUCAGGGCCAUGUUCUGGAAGGUUUGCUAUCAGGGGACAAGGUCCAAAAGGCAUCACUUGCAGAGCAGAUUGGAUGCGUUGACUUUCAAUUGUUCCGACAUGCAGUGCAUUGUGUUAGCAAACAAAUUGAGAGCUCUUCAAAGAAUUUGCUGCCUAAUUCAUCAUUGUCAAGGAAAAAGGUGAUCAAAAUACCACACAAGAGUUUCAUCAACCUUGGAGAGAAAUCUGAACAUGCAUUCAGUAGAGAACUCAAAGAAGGUCUUGAGACUCUUCUGAAGUCAAAAGCAGCUAUUGUACUUGUUAGAAAUGACUCAGACUCUGAUGCUGAGUCUCUGAGUUUGCUCAGUUCUUUUAGUGAGUUAAUGAAGGUUAUUGAAAAUCGUGUGUCACCCCCUUUCGUUAUUGUUUCCCAACCUGGUCAUGUGGAGUCAGUUACGAACUGUCUGAUAGAGAAUAACUAUUUUGGUUUGGAUGCUCAAAAGGUAUGGGUUCUGGAAGAGCUGGAGCUUCCAAUUAUCAGUAUAUCCUCUGAGGCAAACAGAAAAAAGGUUCUGAUGAAGUCUCCAUGGGAGAUAAUUAAAAAGCCAACGGGAUCUGGGGGUAUUUUCAGCUUACUGUCAUCAAACAAAAUUUUGGACUCCCUCAAUGAAAUGGGUGUACAGUAUAUACAGAUAUGCAGCUCAUCCAACAGGCCGGUCAUUGGGCAUCCUCUGCUAUUUGGCGCUGUUGCUUCCCGCGGUGCUGAUGUUGGCAUCAAGCUCUCCAAGUCCAGUGAACCGGGAGAUGAUUUCGACUUGAUCCUUUCCAUCGACCAGUUGAACAAGAUGUGCCGAGAUGUCACUCAGCUCAGGUUCUCCGCCUGCCCUGAGCAAAACGCGCACGUCGAGCUUGUCAACGGCCAGUGGGUCGCCGUCCAGCCGGAGGCGGCAAAUUCCCACCGUCUGCACGCCGACGUUACCAGUGUACUGAACUCUUGCGCUGUUGAUAAAGUGUGCGUAAUGGAGAUUAUAGAGAAAUAAAGUUUCUACAUAAUCGCAAUUACUUGCUA